GUCUAUUAUAUUUUCAAAAAUAAUUGGCUCGUUAGUGAAUAUAUAUACUUUUAAGAUAACUGUUGCAUAGUGUGGUUCACUUCUCAAGUCACCGACUUCGUUGCUCAAGGAAGGUUUUGCCACGCGAGCUUGAACUCGGCAGGAAAUGGGUCGUGGAGUCAGCAGUGGUGGCGGUCAGAGUUCCUUGGGUUAUCUCUUCGGUACUGGAGAGACUACCAACAACAAUGUUCAACGUGCAAAUAAUCAAGGCGAACCUUUAAGUGGCGGCAGGCGUAUGCAAAAUGCUAGUGUUGCUUCACCAGCUGUUGCUGCUUCACCAACUAGUGUUGCUUCACCAGUUGGCGUUGCUUCACCAGCUAGGGUUGCUUCACCAAUCGAUAAGGACAUUCCAGCUGGAAUUCCUGGGUGUCUCAAGAACAAUUACCAUCGUGCCGAUGGACAAAACUGUGGCAACUUCCUCACUGAUCGACCAUCAACCAAAGUCCAUGCUGCCCCCGGUGGCGGAUCAUCCUUAGAUUAUCUCUUUGGCGGUCCCCCAAGUAGUAACUAAUUCAUCAGUGGGACUGUAAAGAAUGCUUUUCAUUCAAACCUACAUUGUGUAAAGUAGCUGAUUGUGUUAUUGCUUUGUGUUUAAACCAAUGAAGUUGUUUCUCUUGCAAGUUAACUUUUGACAGUGUUGGAGUGUCUUAAUGGAACUAAUCUGAUUUAUAGACCCUUUGUUCUGUGCUAUUGUGUUGUAUGAAUUUUUAUUGUAUGUUUGAGCUUUAUUGACUCAGAAUUAUUCUUUUAUAUUUAUUUGUGUGUUAAUAAUACUCAUAAUGUUGCUUCUAUUCUAA